AAGUUCUAACGUUAUCAGCUGUUAAUAAAAAUACAAUGAUUUGUUCUUAUGUUAUUGAAAUAGGUUAUUUUAAGGUUAAUUCAAUCAAUGUAAGAUCAUUUAAUUCGUAUGAUGACUGUUCAAAAUUAAUAUUUGAUUUGGAAACUAUUUAAAUAUUUAUCUAUCACACCACGUUCAAAAGUUCUUUGCAAUGAAAAUUUCUGUUUGACUGAUUAUUGAUAACUUAUUUCAGUUUCAUAAGAGUUACAACACACAUUUUUUAGCUGUCAUGUACUUUAAUCUCUGAACUAUUUACAAAUCGCUGUGAUUAUUUUUAUAAGAAGUUUUGAACGUUUUAUUCAGUUGUAAUGGCCUUUUCUUCGAAGAGCAGGGUGACAUCUCUAGUUGUAAAGAAUGUAUUUUCUCAAUGGACUCGUGGUAUUGCUUCUAUAUCAACCUUGUCCGAAACACAUCAGAUGCUUUAUAAAUCAUGUCGGGACUUCGCUGAAAAUGAACUAAAACCCAAUGCAGCCAAAUUCGAUAGAGAUCAUUUGUAUCCGGCUGAGCAGAUAAAACAAAUGGGCUCGCUUGGAGUCAUGGCUGUAGAAGUGCCAGAAGAUCUAGGAGGCACUGGUUUGGAUUAUUUAGCAUAUGCUAUCGCAACUGAAGAGAUAUCAAGAGGAUGUGCUUCAGCUGGCGUUAUAAUGAGUGUCAACAAUUCAUUAUAUUUGGGACCAAUCUUGAAAUUUGGAACACAAAAACAGAAAGAAGAGUAUAUCACUCCUUUCACAACCGGUGAGAAGGUUGGCUGUUUUGCUUUGAGUGAACCAGGAAAUGGAAGCGAUGCCGGUGCAGCAAGUACAAUGGCCAAAAAGUCUGGAAAUGGCUGCUACAUUCUAAAUGGAACUAAAUCUUGGAUAACAAAUGGAUAUGAAUCAGGGGCAACAGUUGUAUUUGCUACAACCGAUAAAUCGAAAAAGCAUAAAGGCAUCAGUGCCUUUAUUGUGCCUAAACCAACAAAUGGUCUAGCAUUGGGUAAAAAAGAAGAUAAACUGGGAAUAAGAGGCUCGUCGACUUGCAGUCUUAUUUUUGAGGACUGCGAAGUCCCGGAAGAGAAUAUUCUUGGAGAGCCUGGUCUUGGAUUCAAGAUAGCCAUGAUGACUCUAGAUUCUGGAAGAAUAGGCAUAGCAUCACAAGCUCUAGGAAUUGCUCAAGCAUCCUUAGAUUGUGCUGUUGAGUAUGCUGGUAAAAGAACAGCAUUCGGCGCACCUAUAUCGAAGUUGCAAGCUAUUCAGCAUAAAAUUGCAGACAUGGCUCUGAAACUUGAGAGUGCAAGACUUCUCACAUGGCGUGCCGCUUAUUUGAAAGAUUUGAAGCAGCCUUUCUCAAAAGAAGCAGCCAUGGCUAAAUUAGCCGCUUCAGAAACAGCUACUUUCAAUGCUCAUCAGUGCAUCCAGAUCUUGGGAGGCAUGGGCUAUGUUUCUGACAUGCCAGCAGAACGUCAUUACAGAGAUGCCCGUAUCACUGAAAUCUAUGAAGGAACUUCAGAAAUCCAGCGAUUGGUUAUAGCAGCCAAUAUAAUCAAACAGUAUGAAUGAACAGUUGAUAUAUAAAGUAAAUCCAUUGUUUGUAUUCGUUUUUAGAUGAAAAAGUAUUCUUCUUUAUUUAUAUUCAAAUGUUAUUUUGAAGUGCCAGGUGACGUAGAUUUAAACAUUAUUUUGAUAAAAAUAAUUUGUGUCAACUUAUAAAAUAACAAAUUUUAGUAUUCUAAUAUGGAUAACUUAAAUUGAAUUUUAGAUGAUUUUUCUCUGUUCUAUUUCAACUAUAUUUCUAGAAAUGUUUUGUUAUUCAUUUGAAAUGAAACGGUUUUUACAUCGACACCUGAAAUGAAAUCGAAUUUCGUCAACUUUUAUUCUAUACUUAUUUAUGUAUGUAUAUUUUUGUGAAAAACAUUAAUAAAAGUUAUUCAGCUUG